AUGUCAUCUUCUUUAAAUAAUACAAACACCACUACAGUUGUCAUUGUAACUGCUGUGAAUAACCCAACAACUGCAAUGAAUGAUCCAACAAGGGUAGCUGCUAAUAGUGCAGCCGUUGUUCCGGGUUUAUUUGAAGAUAACAACGACAACAAUAAUAAUCCGGACCAAUUUGAUUAUACAGGCGGCAAUGCGUUUUGA